UGGCAAAUGUGUUGUUUCUUGAAAUAAAGGCUAAACACACUCAUAUGUAGAAUUAAUCACAAUAUCAAAGAAUGCUCAGCUUUCUCUGACUGCACCCAUUAAACAAAUGUGAAAAGAGAAUAUCACUUUGUUAUUUUAUCUUGUUGCAACACUAAUUAUUUAGGGGUAUACAACAUUGUAUUAUUAAAAGGCACGAUUUGCUGCCGGAUACAGCAAGAGAGGAUUGUAGAUAGAACUAAUGACAUCCCUAACAUUAGUCAUUCUCAAGAAGUCUAGAUCUAACACAGUGCUGGGAGGGGGUACUGGUGAGUGCUCUAGUAUUUGUUAAUGUUUGCCCUCCCCGACUGUAUGUGCUACUACAUAAAAGGAGGAUCUUGAGAGUCAGACAGCAUCCUGUCUCAAGCAGUUGGCCGAGGAGGAACUAUCUCAACAAGAAGACAGUAUCUUUGCAGGCAAGAAACCAAAACCUCUUCUAGAAUGUCAAGCUCUCUGGUUGUGUGCGAGGUGGACGAGAGUCUGAAAGAAAAACUGAAGAAGUUCAGAUUUCGAAAAGAGACCAACAAUGCAGCCAUCUUGAUGAAAAUUGACAUGGCGAAACAGCUUGUGAUCCUGGAGGAAGAGUAUGAGGACAUCUCCCUGGAUGACCUGAGGAAUGAACUUCCAGAGCGGCAGCCAAGAUUCAUUGUUUACAGCUACAAAUACAUCCAUACAGAUGGCAGGGUGUCCUACCCACUGUGUUUCAUAUUCUCAAGUCCAGUGGGGUGCAAGCCUGAGCAGCAAAUGAUGUACGCAGGCAGCAAGAACCAACUGGUCUCCGCAGCAGAGCUCACAAAGGUUUUUGAGACACGAAACAUAGAUGACUUGUCUGAAGAGUGGCUGAUAAACAAACUGUCUUUCUUUCGCUGAACAGACACUUGUGUUCAUUUUGGAAAAAGUGCAUGUAUUGAACAUACCAGUACAUUAACUUCAUUACCAGUUUGCAAUAAAUUGCUUAGAUUGUCA